AGUAAAAGAAAAUCUAUUGAAGGCAAGGAGGUAAUAGUUUUUUAAGACAACUAGAUAUCCCAGUACAGUUAUCGCAUAAUAUUGUAUUCAAGGUUUUUCUCUCUUGUUCACGCAGAGAGAGAGAGAGAGAGAGAGGGGUGUGUGUUCCGGAAUCCGGACAGCCAUAGCUUUCUCUCUGGAUUUUGGAAGCAAAGUAAAAAGAGAGGCUAUACACAGACAGAGAGAAAGAGAUAGAUAGAGAUAGCUUACGACUUCAAGGAUCAUGAAGCAUAAAGAUGGAAAACCAGCUCCCCAAGGGGACAAAAGUUUGAGGCUUGUCCCCAUGUCAAUCAUGUUUUUGGUGCUAUGCGGAUGUUCCUUUUAUCUUGGUGGGAUAUUUUGUUCUGAGAAGAGCAGGUUUGACACUAAGAAUGUUGCAAGUGAUGUCCAAUCUCCCAAGGUAUCGAUAGUUACUCCUCUUCAAAAUAAACACGUUGAGUUUCCUGAAUGCAGCAGUGACUAUCAAGACUACACUCCGUGCACAGAUCCAAGGAGGUGGAAGAAGUACGGUGUUCAUCGGCUUAGUUUCAUGGAACGCCACUGCCCUCCAGUAUUUGAAAGGAAGGAAUGUUUGAUUCCACCCCCCGAUGGGUAUAAGCCGCCAAUUAAAUGGCCAAAGAGCAGGGAUGAAUGUUGGUACAGAAAUGUACCAUAUAAUUGGAUUAACAAGCAGAAAUCAAAUCAGAAUUGGCUCAGGAAAGAAGGGGAUAAGUUCCUUUUUCCUGGUGGGGGUACUAUGUUCCCUACAGGUGUUGGUGCAUAUGUUGAUCUGAUGCAAGAUCUGAUCCCAGAGAUGAAAGAUGGAACUAUUCGAACUGCCGUUGACACUGGGUGCGGGGUUGCAAGCUGGGGUGGUGAUUUGUUAGAUCGUGGGAUUCUAACAGUUUCUCUUGCCCCAAGAGAUAAUCAUGAAGCUCAAGUCCAGUUUGCACUGGAACGUGGAAUUCCAGCAAUCCUUGGCAUAAUUUCUACACAACGACUUCCGUUCCCCUCAAAGUCAUUUGAUAUGGCUCAUUGCUCAAGGUGCCUUAUCCCAUGGACAGAUUUUGGUGGAAUUUACCUCCUUGAAAUACAACGCAUACUUCGUCCUGGAGGUUUCUGGGUCUUGUCUGGCCCACCUGUUAACUAUGAACGUCGCUGGCGAGGAUGGAACACUACUGUGAAAGAGCAGAGAUCGGAUUACCAAAAGUUGCAGAAGCUGCUAACUUCUAUGUGCUUCAAACUUUACAACAAAAAAGAUGACAUUGCUGUUUGGCAGAAAUCUUCAGACAGUAGUUGCUACAUUCGGCUGGAAAAUCCAGAUGCCUACCCACCUAAAUGUGAUGAUAGCAUUGAGCCAGAUUCAGCAUGGUACACUCCACUUCGCCCUUGUGUUGUUGUUCCAAAUCCAAACCAUAAGAAAUCUGCAUUGGGGUCCAUCCCUAAAUGGCCUGAGCGGUUGCGUAUUGCUCCUGAACGGAUUUCAAUUAUUCAUCGUGGGAGCGCUAGUGCUUUCAAGCAUGAUGACAGUAUGUGGAAUGCGCGAGUGAAGCACUACAAAAAGUUGCUCCCUGCCAUUGGGACUAAUAAGAUACGAAAUGUAAUGGACAUGAAUACAGCUUAUGGAGGUUUUGCUGCGGCUUUAGUUGAUGAUCCCUUGUGGGUCAUGAAUGUGGUCUCAUCCUAUGCUCCCAAUACACUUGCUGUGGUCUUUGACCGGGGUCUCAUUGGAACUUAUCAUGAUUGGUGUGAAGCAUUCUCAACAUAUCCUCGAACAUAUGAUCUCCUUCACCUUGAUAGCCUCUUUACUGCUGAAAGCCACAGAUGUGAUAUGAAACGUGUGCUCCUGGAGAUGGAUCGGAUCCUGCGACCCAACGGGUAUGCAAUGAUUCGGGAAUCCAGUUAUUUUGUGGAUGCUGUUGCCUCGAGUGCCAAGGAGAUGAGAUGGGGUUGCCAUAAAGAAGACACCGAGUAUGGCAUCGAGAAGGAGAAGAUAUUGAUUUGCCGGAAAAAGUUAUGGUACUCCUCUAACAGGAGCUCAGGCUGACAAUGUAUUAGAGGGUCAAGAACAAAUAUAAUUCUGGGAGUUCGAUACCCCGCUCAUAGAGAGAUUAGUUCAGUCUAAAGAAGCUCAAAAUCUUUGAAUUCAUAUUCUUCAACUGCAAAUUAGUUUCCGAAUAAUAUUAAUUUAUUAAUGUAAA